AAAUCUCUGCCUAAUAUGAUUCCAGGUACACAAAUGUAGUCUGUAUACUUUUAACAAAAGGAAAUUCUUCAUUCUAAUACAUUUUGUAUUGACCUUCAGGUCCCCACUGUGCAGCGCGGCCCUUUCAGGUUUACCCGAUAAGUGGCAUUGCGCGGUGGAACGCGGACAGGAGCAGUGUUUGGUGGCAAAGGACGGCACCACAGGGUAUACUCCGUGCCGCUGAUCGACCGCCUCAACACCCGGUGUCAGCAGCUGUUUGGAGAAACCGUGGAGGAGAAUUUCCGGGCCCCUGCAGACGUGAAUUCCGAGGAGCUGCUCGGGUUGGAGUACCUCUUCAGCCAGAGCACAGGCGAAUCGGGACCCUUCUCUCUCCAGGAUAUUGUCAACAACGGACCUGGUCCCGAGGAAGAGGUGGUUCAGCCUGGACACCCCGAUACAAGCGAGGACGACGAGGCGUAAAACAGCGACGUGGAGAUGCGAGAUGGCGUUCUGGAUGUUGCCCCGUCCCGCAUCACUCUCACGGCUGAGGACACCUCCACUGUAAACCCACCGGCAUUUGAGGAUGCCUGCAGUCCUAACCCUCUUCCUGGCUUUCAAAAGCUAGAAACGUUCUGCUCCUUGCUGGUGGAGAUCUGCCUUGCAGAAAACAAGCUUUCACUUACCACUGAGCAGAGGUGCAAAAUCCUUGAAGCCUGGAAUGCAGUGAAGGAACAUGAUAAGCAGCCACAGAAGUUUAAAAUCAGCUGUACAGGACCCACUGGGGUAACACCCUCUACUGUCGUACGAAAAGGGUUGAUCUUGUUGCCGCCGCCGUCAUCCAGAGGGUCGAGAUGGCUAAGCGUUACGUGCUGGCUCAACACGACAUCGGUUCUCAGCACAACAGGCUGAUGUACGUACUGGUGAAACUGCUGUGGUUGCGGGCUCCUCGAUCAUCUCGCACCAGCCCAGAGAAGAGCGCGAUCUUGAAGUCAUACGAGAGAAUUCAACACCGGAUUUUGGUGGAUGAUCCAGUCCUGUGUAAAGCAGGUGUUCCUCUUCCAAAAAUAAACAUCAAGACAGUGCGGGACUUCAUCCGCCAUCAAGAGAGGCUCCUUAACCUCCAUGCUACAAAAUGGUCAUUCGCCAUCACAAAGACCACCUCUGUCUCUUCCACAGAGCUACCUCCAGCACCACACCAGCCAGCAGUGCUCCCUCCACUGGACUACCCCCUCAUGCAAUAUGU